UCGUAAGCCUAUAUGCGUUAUCGCCACGGGUAAAUACACAUGUUAAUAUAUUUAUCUCGGGCGCGUGGUCGGGCGUGGUUGGCUAGCAGCGGCUGUAGUCUGGAGGCAGGAUCUGAUGGAUGCGGAGUGACAGAUCGGGGUUAGCAGCCAGGGGAGUCCAUUUUCCUCCACAGUCACCCACCCCACCUCGGUGCCUCACGGAGCGGACAGAGAGCCAGCCAGGGUUGCGAUCUCUUCCAACUCGCCGCUGUGUCACAGAAACACAGCCUACCAGCAGUUGCACCGCACUGCCGGGAUUAAGCCCGACCCAACCCUGAGCCAGUGCUGCCUGAUCCGCAACUCUUACCAAGGGAAAUCAGAUGGUCUGCAGAUGAGGGACACGUACGCGACUGUGUUGUUCUGCGUGCGACAUGUGGCUCAAUUAGGAAUAUCUCGUUUGGUGAGGCAUGGCACUUUCUAAUUGACAAGGUAUAGAUCUCACAUGAGGUGUCGGCUGCUGCUUGCACAACUGACUUGCAACAGAACUGCAGCACGACGGCAACCAAAACCGAAGCGCUGUAUUUAGGUAUGAGCUACAAGUUUGCAAACCGUAAGGUGUUUGUUAUCCACGUUGGGCUGGUACGGUUAGUGUAAUUUUAAUCAUUAUGGGUGUAGAUUGACCGAGAGCUUAUUCUCGUCACCGAGAUAGCGAUGGCUUUUUGAAGGGGAUAGCCUCUACUAGUCUGCGCUAUGAUCUGGACCAUGCCGCUUCUGCUGCUGAGGACAUUGUGUGUGUUGUUGGGGAAUGCACAUGUAUUAUCUCUCAGAAAUAAUGGCGACAUACGAACUAGAGAAACAGCGGGUGGUUUUGAGCUUAACGCAACAGACGAGACCCUUCAAACAGCAAUUGAAGAGGGUCGUCGGAACACGGUAUACGACAGCAUUCGCUCGGGGGGACACACCACAGGUGCAACCUAUUCCAAACAGACUCUCCAAAAAUGGAUGAAACAUUUUAAUUCAACUUCUGCGAGACAUUUUGGAUUAAAACAACACCACUUUAACAGAACACUGACGCUGGGGGAUUCCUCCGCGACCCGACACAGGGACCCUACGCGCCGCCACAACAAGAGGAUAAAGUUGAAUAGUGAGAUUGGCGUGGCCGCUGCCAUGGGUACGGCAGGUGGAUACAAUACAGCUAAGCCCCCAUCAAUGGGCCAGCCACGCGGGGGACAACUGGACGGCGACAGACGUAAAAGAGGGACAAAAGACGAGCAGAAAAUAUUUAAGAGGGGGAGAAAAAGGUUGAACAAAAGCUCAAUGGCUUUAUCUGAACGCGCCCCUUUCUCUCCAUGGGCUCCAAUGCCCAAACCCCUAGCUCUCACCUCCACCGACAUCCCUCUGGACUUUUUCACCAGGAAAAAUGAGAUGUUUACAUACCGGGAGGAAAACCCUUGGGAUGCCACUCCGAUGACCCCUCCCAACACAGGGGAUUUUGGAAACGAAAUCAGAAACCCAUUUUACCCCGUGACAAGUGAAACUUUUGGAGCAUAUGCAAUCACUGGCGUUUCUGCCGUCAUCUUCCUUGCUGGAAUAGCAGGGAACAUAGCCAUACUGUGCAUCGUAUGUCAGAACUACUACAUGAAGAGCAUCUCCAACUCUCUCAUAGCUAACCUGGCAAUCUGGGAUUUUGUAGUCGUAUUCUUCUGUCUGCCCCUGGUCAUCUUCCAUGAACUGACUAAGUCCUGGCUACUGGGAGAAUUCACCUGUAAAAUCGUGCCGUAUCUGGAGGUGGCCUCCUUGGGUGUGACCACCUUCACUCUCUGCGCUUUGUGCAUCGACCGGUUCCGCGCUGCCACCAACGUCCAGAUGUACUACGAGAUGAUUGAGAACUGCACGUCCACCACGGCCAAGCUGGCAGUCAUCUGGAUCGGCGCACUCCUAUUGGCUCUGCCCGAGCUCCUGAUCCGUCAGCUGGUCACGGAGGAACCUGCCCUCCCGGACGAGCCGCCGACGGAUCGCUGCGUGGUUCGCAUCUCCACAUCGCUCCCAGACACCCUCUAUGUCCUGGGCCUGACCUAUGAGGGAGCCCGCCUCUGGUGGUGCUUCGGCUGCUACUUCUGCCUCCCCACGCUCUUCACCAUCGGCUGUUCCCUCGUCACGGCCCGCAAGAUUCGCCGCGCCGAGCAGGCGUGCGUCCGUGGCAACAAGAAGCAGAUCCGUCUGGAGAGCCAGAUGAACUGCACGGUGGUGGCACUGGCCAUCGUCUAUGGCGCCUGUGUGGUCCCAGAGAACAUAUGCAACAUAGUUUCGGCGUACAUGGCGGCCGGCGUGCCGGAGCGGACCAUGGCGGUCUUGCACCUGCUGUCGCAGCUACUGCUGUUCUGCCGGGCGGCUGUUACUCCGGCGCUGCUGCUGUUGCUUUGUCGCCCGCUGGGAAGGGCUUUCCUGGACUGCUGCUGCUGCUGCUGCUGUAGCCACAGCCACUCCACGGGCACGGCCAGCGACGACAAUGAACACGAGUGCACCACCGAACUGGAGCUGUCACCCUUCAGCACCAUACGCAGGGAGCUCAGCAACUACACGCCGGCCGGAUCCAACUGUUGAACGCUCACACAGCCAGCGUUACCCCGCAGAAUCCAAAUAAGUCUAUAAAUUGAGGCCAGGUUUCCCCAACAGGCUGGGAUUUUAAAGUUUACAAAUGUAUGAAUAUGAUUGAUAAUCCCUCAUUUCAGAUACUGUCUUAAGUGAAUUCGACACCUAUUUACAGUAAAUACAGGUCACUGUCACAGGUCAACUGCAUUACACUUAAAUGCCUUUGAGUAAUGAUUACUACCUGCUAACUAAACUUCCAGUGUACAUUGGAAGUUUAUUUAACCCUGAAAACAAAAUAUUAUGCCUUGAAAACAGCCAAAUACAUAAAAAUCUGAUUUUUGCAACCACAUUUUAUUCCCACAAACACUAACGAAUAUCGCUGGUUUUUUUUUUUCCACCAAUGAUCUGUGUACUGGUCUGCCAUCCAGGCAUCUCUGUCCACCAGAUGAUCUGUGUACUGGUCUGCCAUCCAGGCAUCUCUCUCCACCAGAUGAUCUGUGUACUGGUCUGCCAUCCAGGCAUCUCUGUCCACCAGAUGAUCUGUGUACUGGUCUGCCAUCCAGGCAUCUCUCUCCACCAGAUGAUCUGUGUACUGGUCUGCCAUCCAGGCAUCUCUCUCCACCAGAUGAUCUGUGUACUGGUCUGCCAUCCAGGCAUCUCUCUCCACCAGAUGAUCUGUGUACUGGUCUGCCAUCCAGGCAUCUCUGUCCACCAGAUGAUCUGUGUACUGGUCUGCCAUCCAGGCAUCUCUCUCCACCAGAUGAUCUGUGUACUGGUCUGCCAUCCAGGCAUCUCUCUCCACCAGAUGAUCUGUGUACUGGUCUGCCAUCCAGGCAUCUCUCUCCACCAGAUGAUCUGUGUAGGCAUCUCUCUCCACCAGAUGAUCUGUGUACUGGUCUGCCAUCCAGGCAUCUCUGUCCACCAGAUGAUCUGUGUACUGGUCUGCCAUCCAGGCAUCUCUCUCCACCAGAUGAUCUGUGUACUGGUCUGCCAUCCAGGCAUCUCUCUCCACCAGAUGAUCUGUGUACUGGUCUGCCAUCCAGGCAUCUCUCUCCACCAGAUGAUCUGUGUAGGCAUCUCUCUCCACCAGAUGAUCUGUGUACUGGUCUGCCAUCCAGGCAUCUCUGUCCACCAGAUGAUCUGUGUACUGGUCUGCCAUCCAGGCAUCUCUCUCCACCAGAUGAUCUGUGUACUGGUCUGCCAUCCAGGCAUCUCUCUCCACCAGAUGAUCUGUGUACUGGUCUGCCAUCCAGGCAUCUCUCUCCACCAGAUGUAUACUACAGCUUCUCAACUGCGGAGUCAAAACUGCUAAAACUGCCUGCCCUUCACAACAGAUAUCAAACGGCUUGACCACAAUCUAUGCCCGAAAUCCUGAAUGAUAUUCGACAUCUGGACGAACUAAACAGCUGUCCAGUUGGAAGCUAGGACCACUCAACUACUGCAUAGGAUAAUAUAACGCCAUGAAACAACUAAUGUAUAUAACUGCACGCAUGCAGAGAAAAGGUGCUAGGACGAGCUAUGUACAUCGGCAGGGAGCAAACAACAUCUCAACAGCUGUACUGCCGGGACAACUACUCAGAAACCCAACUGCACUACCACACUAAAACCACAUGCUACUAAGCCUAGACCCGGCACAGACAAUUGGUCUGAUACUGGGACCUGACGUGAACGGACAAAGCGGAACACUAGAGACAGGACUAUACUGGACCGGGCUGAGCUGGACUGUGCAGACUACAGUAGGCAUUGCAAAUUAUUGGCUAGAGUGGACUGGGCUGGACGGAACUCACUCAAGUCACACCUUGGUCCAGGUCUUCACUCGCAAUCUCGUUUGCGCCCUUGCCUUACUUACGUACUGGACUGUAAAUACAGUAUAUUACACCACCCUUAAUGAAUCUACCGAAGGAAUAACAAAAGGAUAUGAAGUAGGGAUGUAUGGAUAUGACACGCAUAUUGUAAUUGUUUUCCUUUAACGCGCAUUAAUAUAACUGUACUAGUCGUAGUUGAUUUUUGCCUACAACUCUGCACUGCCAAACACCUUUCCUCUCUUUCUCUAUGUGUCGUGCCCUUCAGGUAGCAUCACAGUCAGUAGCCCUGUUUGUACCCAGCUCAUACAUGCAUCCUUGGUCCUGAUCUCGUUUGUUUGUAAGAUCUGAUUGCAAGUCUUUCAACUGUCUACACCUGCCUGGAAAUCUGGGCCUAAUCAGAAUGUGGAUAAUAUCAGUUCAAAGGACUCAUGUGAGAAUGAGGUACAAACAGUGCUAGGGUCUCUGUCUCUUGCGUCUUUUCUUACAGUAACUUAUUAUAAAUGGCUGAGUGUACGGUGUCGUGAUUCAAACUCUUGAUAUAGUCAGUGAUUCAUGUAAUCUGUUUUAUGGAACUUUGUGAGUAUCUUCUUGACUCUGUCUGUAUUUGAUACCAGAAGAUGUAAGCGCACACAGUCAUCUGUCUAGAUUCUGGUUUCUAAAUAGAUUUUUUUAUAUAGCCAAAAUAACUGUCCCUUUGAUUAAAAAGAGAGCUUUUGUCUCUAGUGCAAA